CGCUGCGUCGCAUUUGCCUUCCUGAACCUGUUUGAGUUAGUACAAAGAUGAAGCCUUUAUUAACAUUUAAAACGGCAUUUCUUUCUUUUAUUGUGUCGCUUGUGUGCGUUGAAAUCGCCUGGUGCAACAAUGGCAGGAGGGUUGGCGACGUCCUAGAAGCGGAAUUCAAUGAUUUCUCCGUGCCUCUAGAACAUUCUUUUGAAGUCGAUGACGUGGGCAGGUUCCGGGUGCGUGGAACGCUGCUGCUGAAAGCCGGCAGGGAGCCCGGAGCGUCUCUGAAUCAGAACCAACUGUCGCACGACGACAGAGUCCAACUCAAAGAAGUGGCGUCGGUGGACGGUCUGUACCGGAUCCGAGUGCCUCGGAUUUCGCUGCAGGCCGACAGACAGACGGAGCGGCAGAUGGACGGAUACGUCACGGCGUUCGUCAGAGCUUGUGCCAUGGUGGAGUCCCGCCUGAGCGACGUGAUCACGUUGCACACGGACGUGUCGGGCACGCUGAUCGGCGUUUCCAUCGUCACGCUGCCCGGAGCCUGCAGGGGGAUCGACGUGGACGACGACGUGGACCUGGACCUCUUCAACACGACACUUAAUGUCAUGGCCCCUGUCAACGCGCCCGGACCCGAGACGGCGCUGUUCCUGGAGCGCAUGGAGCAGGAGUCGGCAAAGAAAGGAAAGAAUCCCCAGGAGCAGAAGUCUUUCUUCGCUAAAUACUGGAUGUACAUAGUACCUCUGGUUCUCUUCCUGAUGAUGUCAGGUGCUCAGGACCAAUCAGGGGGCGGAGCCGGUGGCGGCGGAGCAGCCAAUGGUGGUGGCCGAUGAUCAACCGCUAACUUUUUUUAAUUUUUUUUUUUUUUUUAUUAAUUCUCUUGUGAUCUGCUGUACAUGAGCAUUAUUGUGAAAAGAAUAAUAAAAGUAUUUAUGACCUGACUGGAUUGAAGUGGUUCGAACUCGCAGGAGUCGGUAACGUUGUUCAUUUUAAAUUCGAACAACAGCAGCAGCAACUAAACGUAGUUUGUAACUGCAUCUCCAGCACGUGUAGCUCCAUAGCAUACAUUCAAUGAUGUAGACAGAUAUGAUAUGACGUCAUUUGAUACGACUCGUUAGGAUGUGAUGCAAUACGUGGCAGUGCGCAAACGGCUUGGUUUCGUUUUCAAAACAUUUAAGAAUAACAAAAAAGAAAGCAACCUGCUAUAAACUGUUGUUCGUGCAAUAAAUAAAAAUGUGCCCCAUUUUUUUUCA